CUGAGCCUACUUCUCUUAUUACCACAAAACAUACAAACAGCAACAACAUAGACUAUCAUCAUGGAUAGCACGUCUUCGGAGUCGACACCCAUCCCUCAAGUAAUCUUCCGUGGGAAGAAAAGGAAGACCUACAGACAACGAGCAGAACCCACCGACGAUGAUGACGAACGAUCAAGAUCCGCAGAGACGCCACGACCAGAUGGAACACCGACUGCAUCAGACACACCCGCAAAAACUGGAACCGCAACCCCAAUUCAAAGCGAGGGCGCAGAAGAUGAAGAGAAGGGACUCUCAGUAGCCGAAGUUUUACGUCUACGCAACGCGCGAAAGGCUCGACUAGGCGGCGUCAAGUUCGGCGCGGGAAGCAGCCACGGUUCCAACGAUGCAACAACAGCCACUGCCGAUGGUUUAGGAGACGGUUUCGACGACCUUAGUCUCAUGAUCCGCGAGGAAGAGAACAAGGUACUAGAUAUCGCGGCAGGUGUAAAGAAGCGUUUUGCGCCGCAGACAGGUAUGGCGGCAGAACUAGUAAACAAGCACAUGGAGGAGUAUAUAGAAGCCGAAUUAGCCAGGCGACACAACGCUGUGGCGCUCUCUUCCAACCCAGCCGCGCGCUCGUCUAAUCAGGAGCAGCAGCAGCAGCAGCAGCAACAACAACAACAACACCCAACGACAGCGACGGCGACGGUGACAGCGGUACCCAGACCCGAGCAGCAGAAUAGAGCGCUACAAGGCCAGCUUAUGGAGAUCGACCUUGGCGACGAGGCGCGCAGCCGCAACGAAGCGCUGACGGAGCGCGCUAGGCGGAAGUUGCACGGCGAAGCUAUCGAAGAUGACGACGAGCAGCGGCAGCAGAGCGGCCGGCCGAAAAAGGUACGGCUCGGACGGGAUGGCAAGCCCUGGAGGCCGAGGAAUAGGCGGAACAGCGACGAUAUCAAGAGGGACCAGUUAGUCGAGGAGAUACUCCGGGAAAGCAGACUCGACGUAUACGAAGCACCCACCCCACCCCCCGCCGCAUCCGGCAGCGGCGCCGAAGACGACGGCGCAGCCGACGACCGCAUCGCGGAGGAGUUCCGACGGGAAUUCAUGGACGCCAUGGCCCAGCGCCAGCAGAAGCGCAAGAAGCCUACGAACGCGCCCCCCGGGUCCGGCCCCGGCGGCGCCGGCAAGGGCGGCGCCGCCGCCGACGAAGAUGUUCUCAAGGGCCCCAAACUCGGCGGGAGCCGCAACGUGCGCGCCGCCAUGCGCAAUUUGCUACUGGAGAAGGCGAAGGAGGCCAAGGGCAAGACUCGGUGAGGGGUGGGUUGGUAGGAUUGUCUUCAUAUUAGGUAGUUACAAUGCGGGGCUUCCCGUUAAGAAUUCAGUAAAUGAGAUCCCUUAAAGCGAGGAGAGGGUGAUAGGGCGAGAGGGCGGCUGUCGUGUACGUUUGGGUACAUAAAUAAUGCGGCGUUGGGUUAUGCGUACACCCGUACUAAGUAAGGGAGGGCAAAUUCGGAGUAUAUUGAAUACACGCCCAAUACAUACCUUGUUUUAUUAUCUUUAUAUUUAUAUUGGUCCUGUAACUAACACGGAAAGAGAACUGCAAAGCAACAUACAUACAUUGGUUUCUUCGUCGGCGAGCCCAACGUUUAUUAUAAAUAUAGCGUCAAGG